UUCCUUCUCAUAUAUUGAAUCCCGAUGAGAUCUUGAAAGACCAAAGAAGCAAACAGUAUUAGUACUCAAUUCUUUCACAGAGCUAAAAAAAUGGCGAAAUCAACUGUGUUGUGGUUAUUAGUAGUAUCAGUGACUGUGUUGUUGUACACAUCAACAUUUGCUGAAGCUGGAGAAGGAGAUGCCUCUGCCUUUGUCAAGAAAACAAUUUCUUCUCAUUCCAUUGUUAUCUUCUCCAAAUCCUAUUGCCCAUACUGUAGGAAAGCAAAGGCUGUAUUUAAAGAGUUGAAGCAAAAACCUUAUGUUGUUGAGCUUGAUGAGAGAGAUGAUGGCUGGAGUAUUCAGGAUGCCCUUAGUGAGAUCGUUGGCAGACGUACUGUGCCACAAGUUUUCAUUAACGGAAAGCAUAUCGGAGGAUCAGAUGAUACCGUGGAGGCCUAUGAAAACGGGGAGCUAGCUAAACUUCUUGGUCUUUCUGCAAAGAAAGAUGAUCUUUAAGCCGAAUUUGUUACAUGGUGGUUUCAAAUUCAGUGACUGUAAUAUGAGAUGCUCACCAUAAGUUUUUGCAGCCUUUAGUCCCUUUUUUGGUGUGUAGAGGUUGGAGAAACUGGUGACUGUAAUAUGGUACUCUUUCUUAUUCAAGUUUAGGUUCUCUCCUUUUUUAUUUCCUAAAAUUGGGAAGCUUUGGAGCAACGGUAAAGUUGUCUCUGUUGACCUGUAGGUCACGGGUUUGAGCAGUGGAAUAAGCCACUCAGGGUAGGCUGCCUACAUCACACCCCCUUGGAGUGCGGCUCUUCCCCGGACCUUGCGUGAAUGCGGGAUGAUUCGUGCAACGGUCUUUUUUUUCUUCAAAAAUUGGGAAGCAUGAGCCUAAUUUUAAUAAAGUAUUUCUUGUUAGAGGAUUGUAUUAAAUAGGAGGAUCUGCUUAACAUAAAAAGCUUCAAUAGAUUUGCAGACA